CCCAGGUGAGUGACUAAACUUUCCGGGUCACGUGAGCGGGAGGAGCCGGUGUAGUCCGGCCGAGCGACCGAGGGACGCCCGGAGGAGGGUUCGAGCGAGGGAAUCGGACCGGGAACCUGCGCGAGAUCCCAGACGCCACCGGCGGGGCCAGGUGCCAAGUCCUGAGCACCUCCGGCCCGAGAUGCGGUAGGAGCGGCGCGCCAGAAACCCUGUCCCUGGUGCCACCAGCCUCUCUCCCCAGGCCCAUGGCGAGCCCCAGCCUGGGGCUGCUCCUGGCGCUCGGCCUGCCGCUGCUGCCGGCCCGCUGGGGCCGGGUCUGGGGGCAAAGUAGGUACCGGCAGGGGCGUUGGGGGACGUGGGACACCGAGAGGUUAAGAACUGGGGUGUGGGUGGGGGUGGGUGGGCAUGGAGUGCCUUGGGGGCAGCAGUCUCUACAAGCAUUGAACUACUCUGCACAUGAGAAUAACACCACCACCCCAUACCCCAGCUACAAUGGGGCCCUGUCUACGGAGGCCACCACUGCCAUCAUCGUGGUCUUCUCCCUCUUGGCUGCCCUGCUUCUGGCUGUGGGGCUGGUGCUGCUGGUGCGGAAACUGCGGGAGAAGCGGCAGACGGAAGGCACCUACAGGCCCAGCAGUGAGGAGCAGUUCUCCCACGCAACCGAGGCCCAGGCUCCCCAGGACUCCAAGGAGAAAGUGCAGGGGUGCCUGCCCAUCUAGGUCCCCUUCCUCUCUCCAUCUCCCUCCCUUGCUGUGUGACCUUGGGGGAAGGCGGAUCCCACUCUGAGCCUUCAAACCCUGGGCUUAACAGAAGGGAAAAAGGUGCUUCAAAACUCUGCCCCUGAGGGCAAGAGAGGCGGGGAUGCUCAUAUUUUAUAUAUAUAUAUAUAAUGUGUAAAAUUAGUAGUGAGAUAUAAUAAAUCCUUUUUUUAAACUGGUGGAGGCAGAAAUUAGCCUAGAUGGAGGAGGUAAAUGCAGGGCUGGCUCAUAGGCCGCGGAGGAUGAAUUGCAAGGUUUCGAGGGUCUUAGGGGCUGGGAGGGUUUCCUGGAAGGGAGGCUCUUCACGCCCCUGAGGAGCCAGUGGGGAAGGUGUUGGGUGGGAUGGGUUUAUGCGCAGAGAGAGGGCCGGAAAGAAACAGCGUUGGGCUCUUGAGACUUUAUUGAGAGAAUGGCUUCUCCUCCCGGUGCCUGGUCCUUAACCUUCAAAACACUUUUUAAGCUCAGCAACUCUGGGCCGGUUCCUGGCCUGGGGCUCCUGCCAGUUGCUGGCGGGCACAGCAGGGGCUCUGGGGCUCUCUGGGAAACCGGCAUCUGAGGUAGCACCACGGGUUUGCCAUGUCCAGGUGGUAUCUGGGUGGGGCUUGGUGGGCAGCGGAGGUUGGGGGCUCUCUGCACGGCUGGGCUGGGUGGGCGCUGUGGAGAGCUGGGAGCAGGACCUCUCCUCCCCUCUGGGCUCUCCGGCGGCCUCGUGGAGAGGGGAGAGAUGAGGAGUUUGUCGAUGGGGCUCUGUGAGAGAGGAUUGGAGGUCCCCUCGGCUGCUUGGCUCUGCAGAAGCUAUUAAGGAUUGGGUUAAAGAAGUGACUUCUUGGCUGGCCUCGGAGGGAGUGAGGUUCCUGGAGGACCCUGUGGUAUCCGGAGGCUGGGGGCUUUGUAGAGAUGGCAGGCCGGCAGGCAGGGACUGGGAAUAGGGUUCUGGGAGGUCCUCCUCAUCUGGCUGCCACCUUUGUCUUCCUGGUAAGUUAGGCUGGACAGGGGUGGGGGGAUGGGAAGAUUAGCAAGUUGCUGAACUUCAAAGGGGGAGGGGAGUGGCUAGUUGGGUGGGCAAGUGGGAGAGGACUGGAGGGCUCACCAGGCUGAGGCAGCUGUCCGAGUCCUCUCUGUGGCAGCAGUCUAAGCUCUGGCUGGACCGCAGGCUGCCUGUCCGUGUGGCUCCCGUGCUCAGACUGUCUAGUAUCUCACUCAGCAAAUCCAGUUCUUCCCCAGACCCCAGGAAGCUGCUGUCCAGAGCCUCCUCUGCCCAGGAGUCCUGGGUAUCCUCAGGGCUCAGAGACGGUGUCCUGUGUGAGGUUAGGUAGCCUCCGAUAUCUGCCCCAAACCCCCAGCUCUGGUCUGGUGGCUCUGGCUGGUUUGAAAUUUGGGGACCAUCUUCCCCAUUAGUUCUGGCCUCCCGCUUACAAUAUUGCCCCCUCUUCUGCCUUUGAGCCUUACCUCUCCCCCAGGGACUCAGAAGGUCUCUCUUCCUGCCGGUGUCUCCUGCUGGGGCGAAGGGGCCGGUUCUGCAAAGGACAGGUUUGGAGGGGUGGGGCCCCAGAAGCUAGAGUCAGGGGAGCUGUGUGAAGGAGGGUGAGUGGGAAGCGGGCAGCAGAUACUGGGGUACAGGAGGAGGGAGGCAGGUUGUCUCGAUGGAGAUUGAGGAUGGGCGGAGGACUUGGGGAUAAUUCCGGGCGUGUGCGUGGAGGCGGGGCAUCUUACCUGUCCAAAGUGCUGGGUGAUAGGCAGACGCUGCUGCAGGUGAUCUGAGCGACUGGUGAGGGAGAAAGCCCUGAGGGAGCCCCCCCUCUGCAGGCCAGAAUCCCUGUCCUAGGAAGAGGUUGGGUGAGCCAGGAGCCCACUUCCCCAUCCCCCCCCCCCCCGCUGGCCACUAGCUUUACCUUGUACAUCAGGAGACUCUGCACUCCCUUCAAGCCGCUCUUGGCCUGUGGAGGAGCCA